AUGGAAAUGCUUCGAACAGCAGCAGUCAGAACCGGAUUCUCAGGACCUUCAACCUUGUGUGCUCAAGCGGGCCCAAGGCUGCUGCGUCAAAACCCGGGCCUAUCAUCAAUCAGAUCUUUUUCCGCGUCAGCCAACCGCAACGUGAAGAUUCUGUCUGUUUUAUAUGAUGGAGGUGAACAUGCCAAACAGCAACCACGACUGCUAGGGACGACCGAGAAUGAGCUGGGUCUCAGGAAAUGGCUUGAAAACCAGGGCCAUACUCUCGUUACCACCUCUGACAAGGAGGGCCCGAACUCGGUGUUUGAAAGAGAGCUCCCAGAUGCAGAGAUCCUUAUCACCACCCCAUUCCACCCGGCCUACCUCAACGCCGACCGAUUAGAGAAGGCCAAAAAGCUCAAACUAGCCGUAACUGCUGGUGUCGGAUCAGACCACAUCGACCUCAAUGCCGCGAAUAAGACCAACGGCGGUAUCACCGUCGCAGAGGUCACAGGCUCCAACGUGGUGUCGGUCGCCGAGCAUGUGGUCAUGACUAUGCUCGGCCUGGUCCGUAACUGGAUUCCAGCACACGAACAGAUCGAACGGGGUGAAUGGAAUGUUGCCCAGGUCGCACGGAAUGAGUAUGACCUGGAAGGUAAGGUGGUGGGCACAGUUGGCAUCGGAAGGAUUGGCCAACGUGUUCUACGACGAUUGAAGCCGUUUGACUGCAAGGAGCUCCUCUACUACGAUUACCAGCCUCUCAACCCUGAUGUGGAAGCCGAAAUUGGCUGCCGAAGAGUGGAGAGUCUAGAGGAUAUGGUAGCCCAGUGCGACAUUGUCACUAUCAACUGCCCGCUACACGAGAAGACUUACGGCCUGUUCAACGAGGAGCUGAUCUCGAAGAUGAAGAAAGGCUCAUGGAUCGUCAACACUGCCCGCGGCGCAAUCGUCGUGGCCGACGACAUCGCGGCUGCUCUGAAGUCAGGCCACCUGAACGGGUACGGCGGCGACGUCUGGUUCCCCCAGCCCGCGCCACGAGACCACCCGCUUCGCUAUGCAAAGAAUCCCCUCGGAGGAGGUAACGGCAUGGUCCCCCAUAUGUCGGGCAGCUCGCUGGACGCGCAGAAGCGCUAUGCCGACGGGGUCAAGAGGAUCCUCCAGAGCUACCUGAGUGGCACGCACGAUUACGAACCGGCGGAUCUGAUUGUCUACCAGGGAGACUACGCCACACGGUCGUAUGGCCAGAGGAAGAAGAAUUGA